UUUACUGGCACAGGAUUUCGGCACCUUUCACUGCUGGGCGAAGAUCACCCAGUUACCAAGUGGGGCCAGAAGACCCGUGAAAGAGCCCAAUGGGAGCCGCUCAUCGAGGCCACCUGUGGAGCCUCGGUGAGCUAGUUCGAAGAGUCGCAGCAGGCAUCGACGGUGACACUGGUCGGGUCCGUUCGACGCCGGUGCGAUGGCAGCGUGGCUGCAGGGAUAUGUCUGCGGAUUGCUUCUGGCAUCAUGCCACGUUUCUGCAGCCCCUACGAUGGGACUUGAGAAGCAAGAGCUUCUUGGUGGCUACCGCGCAUUCUGUAGCAAGUACCGCUGCUGCCCUCAAGAGACGGACCACGAGAGCAUGGACUGCUCGGCCCGGAACGCCUCCGAGCUCCAGGAAGUCUCGAUUCCAGCGCCGAUCACGUCUCUGUCGCUGAGGCACAAUCGCAUCACGCAGCUCCAGCCAGGUUCAUUUGCAGUGGCGCCGACGCUUUCGAGGCUGGACCUGUCGUUCAACAAGAUAGAUUUCAUCUCGCAAGGUUGGUGGACGUCGGGCAGUGGUAACCCUGACAAGGCGACGUCGGGACUCAAGUCUCUCUCCCUGGCCAACAACGCAGUGCAAAGCGUAAACAGCUCAUCCUUCGAAGGACUGAGCACGCUCCUGGCACUAGACCUGAGCUACAAUCGAAUACGAGUCCUGAGAGGCGAGAGCUUCGUGGGUCUGACGAAUCUCGAGGAACUCGUGGUGGACCACAAUCCUAUAUACUUCGUGCGGGGUGACGCCUUCGCGACACUGCCGCAACUUCGCGAGCUUCAGAUGAACUUCUUGGAUCGUUUGGUGCUUCCUCCUAAUGCAUUUGGAUUCGUGCCCGCCAUCACGACUCUGGGGAUGGCAGGCAACAAACUUGAAGAUGUGCCCGAGCAGUGCUUACGGAGCCUCAAGUCGUUGAGGUCACUUGACUUGAGCAGGAAUCCGUUCAAAGUAAUCACCGAUUGGAACUUGCAAGACCUGCCAAACCUGAGUACGCUGCGCCUCAACGACCUGCACAAGCUGAGCAAGGUGGAGGCGAACGCCUUCGGAGUAGUGCCACGCCUGAAGGAACUCCACUUGAGCUACAAUCCUCUGCUGACGGAGUUGGAACCGGAAGUCUUCUACGACGCAGAGAACAACCGGAGUGUGCAGCUCAGCGGGCUUUACCUGCGCCACACGGGCCUGCGUAGCCUGUCCCCGAAGCUGCUGGAUUGGAACCAGAUCGUGGACGUGGACCUGAGCGAGAACGCGUGGAGGUGUGACUGUCGGCUCAGCUGGAUGGCGAGCUUGGCGCAAAGACUGCCAGCUGAACACCGGCCUAGAUGCGCAGCGCCAUUCAACGUGGAGGGUCGUGCCGUGGGUGACUUGAGACCAGUACGAGUUCACGUGUGGAGACACCGACUCAUCCGGGCUCGGCUCUUCAAUUGCCAUGCUGUGCAUUCUGAUCGUGUCGGCGGCAGCCGCUGCCCUCGGAAUGGCCAUUUACAAGCGCGUCUCGCGGAAGGACGGGCCAGCCUACAGAACCGUUCCCGGAACUGCGGGCACCGCGGUAGAGGAAGUGGAGCUCUAGCGUAUAUCUGCGGCAUCUCCCCUUCUGUGGAGCGUUCGCGUACCUUCGUUAAGCAGCACUACAAUGUACUACGUCAUGGCUUACGAAAGACGCAUGAAACGACGGCAUCGCAAGCUUCGUGCACUUUCAGCGAGUGUUUCUUGGCAUAGCGUGCCUUGUAACUGUAGCGCUGUUUAACGAACAUGCAAAACCAACUAGGUUAUUCCCUACAUUCGCGUACCGCAGUUCAAGUGGGCAGGUGACCACGUGAUUAUCGAUUAGAGGGUAUAGAUAAUUUUGUUUGUAUUUGGGGUGUUCUUGGCUGAAUAACUUCGAACUGCGUGUCCCUAACGCUGCCACUCAGGCUGCACUGAUCUAGCCACCCUUCAGUAUACGCUAACCGUAGCUAAAAAGAAAAGUAAGAAAAAUGUUGUACUUGAGUACUGUUCGAGAGCCCCUUUAAAGGGACAGUGAAGAGAAAGAGAGAGA